AUGGAACCGAACGAUCAUCUCUACGUCCACGACACGGAAAGAUCGCCGCUGCUGCAAAAGACCCAUGCGGAAACAACGACUGAAUACGUGUCUUCGAAAGGAUGGAAAAAAGAGGCUCUCAUCAUUGUGCAGGGCUCCGCACCUUUGGCUGUCGCACUCGUACUCCAAUAUGCGCUCACGGCAUCGAGUAUAGUUGUCUUGGGACAUUUGGGAAAUAGGGAGGUGGGUGCGGUCAGUCUCGCCAACAUGACAGCCUGUAUCACUGGGACUUGUGUUUAUCAAGGAUUCGCGUCUUCGUUGGACACUCUCUGUCCACAGGCAUAUGGGUCCGGGAAGAAGACCUUGGUUGGACUUCAUCUGCAGCGAAUGACAAUCAUGCUCCUUCUGAUGACGAUCCCCAUCGGAAUUCUGUGGCUAAAUUCAGAUGCCAUAUUCUCGUGCAUACUCCGAAAGGAAGAUGCAGAGACAGCGCACCUUGCAGGGCUUUAUCUGAAGAUUCUGCUCGCGGGCGCUCCUGGUUAUGCUUGCUUCGAGGCGGGAAAGCGAUUUGUCCAGGCCCAAGGAUUAUUUAGUCCUAUCCUACUGGUACUUCUCAUUUGUACCGUUUUCAACAUUUCCAUGAGCUGGCUUCUCGUUUGGAAACUCCGAUGGGGCUUUAUCGGAGCGCCCAUCUCGGUCGCAAUUUCCAUGAACUUACUCCCGAUGCUGCUUGCGCUAUAUGUCUACGCAGUACAAGGCUCCGAAUGCUGGCAGCCAAUUUCAUCUGCAGCCUGGAAUGGCUGGGGUCCGAUGCUACGGCUAGCCAUCCCCAGCUGGCUUAUAAUGGAAGCUGAGUUUGCCACCUGGGAGAUCAUGACCCUGGCAUCGUCUUAUCUAGGAUCGAAGAGCUUGGCUGGCCAGUCUGGAGUCGUGACUAUUACUUCCUUUGCAUUCUACAUCGGCUACUCGGUCGCUGUUGCCGGCGGAACCCGUGUCUCUCAACUCGUCGGCGCCGGCUUUCUCGCAGAAGCUCGGAUAGCCACUCGGGUAUCUUUUAUUGUCGCAUUCUUCACAAGUGUGGUGACAGUGGCGUUGCUGAUGUGUCUGCGAAAUGUCGUGUCCAACCUCUUCUCUACCGACAAAGAUGUCGUUCGCUUGAUAUCGAGCAUACUGCCGCUAUGUGCUGUUGAAUUGGUACUGGAUUCCUUAGUUUCGUGUUUGGCUGGGGUUCUACGGGCAAUCGGACGACCGUCUCUCGGAACCUAUGUCCAGAUUCCGGUCUAUUACGCCAUGGCCAUACCCCUGAGCUUUGUGAUUGCUUUCCACCUUCAUUGGGGAAUUAUGGGGAUCUGGACUGGGCUUUUGGUGGGCCAGUUUGUCCUCGUCACAGUCGAGGGAGCCCUCCUGUGGUAUAUGCUGGACUGGGAAAAGGCGGCGAUGGAUGCAUCUAUAAGAAAUAUGUCUGCUUGGACAUAG